GAAAAAUGUUUGCGGUGGUUUUAAAUUCGCGGUGAAGUGGUCAGCGCGAAAACCGCGAACGUUAAACCACCGCGAACAUUUCUGCAUCUACAGUAUUUCCUCACCGUUGGUGAGUAGUAGAAGUAAGGAGUACAAGCUGCAUAUCCGGGCAGAUUUAUUCACCCAAAUCGGGACGGACCCCAAGUCUUUUCGAUAAAUGUGGUGGAUUCUUUUAUGUGCUCUAGGUGUGGCUCUCCCAAACAUGGGACCUCCAUUUAACGCCCUAUCCAUGGGACGGCCAAGCCGAAGUUAGGUACUCAUCUACACCUGAGUGAAGUGAGCAAGGUAGCCCCAAGGGUACAAGGUCAAAAAGGUCAACGAAGUCGUAAGCAUUUUUCUUUUUUCGUUCGUGCAAAACGUCGUUGGAAAUGUCAUCAUGGCAUAAAGAUUAUGAAGGCCGUUUGAAACAGAAACGGAGAGCUAGAAAACGGUAUUCAUUUUUGCCUGACAAUACUUGAUUUUAUAUAUGACGGGGAUUUCAUACUUAUGACAUUAGAAAGUCAAGGUGAACUCAAAGUCCGGUUUUUCUGGACCGGUCCAAUAAGAAAAACACGGUUUUGUACCCGUACGUAAACCGUACCGGUACCCACCCCUAGUGUAGAGUCAUUUUCCGACGUGUUCUCAUUUUCUCUCGUAUCCCUAAUCGGAGGCCUAAAACUGCGUGACACCAAAUGAACUUGGCUCCUUGCCAUGUUUCCGGCACCCAAAUCCCGCAGACACGCUUCUACAUUAGUUCCUCAGCUGGCAGUCGUUCAACAAACGUCCAUACUAGCGUUGUCUGUUGUUCGUUCAGUCAGCUCAUCGGGUUCAAGAUGGCGAAUGUCUUGCUGCUCGCUGCCUUCCUUCUGUCCUUUAGUUCCCCCACCAAAGCUCAGGACACCAGUAUAGUAAUUUCAACCGCCAACACCGAGGCACUCGAGAGGCAGCUCGCAGAGAACAAGGAGGAAACGGGCCGCCUGAAAAAUGAAGUGGAUCGCCUGUCGUCGCUGGUGGAAACUCUGCUGUCCAGGGUGGACAGUUUGUCUGCUGAACUGUCGGGGGAGAGAGUCAGGAGUGCACAGCUGGAACAGAACCUUACACGGCGGGUACAAGAACUAGAAGUGCGUCUCCAAACCCGGUGUUGCAGUGAGAUGGUACCUUCCCCUCAAGGUGCGGAAACUACAGCAAACCCGAGAGUCACAUCAACCGCUGUAGCGGGGUCAUCUAGAGAUGCACAAGAGCUCAAAUCAGACUGUGCUGCAUAUAAAGCCUCCGGACAGACGACCAGCGGAGUCUACCCACUCGACUCCCUCCCGUCCGGUGUGCAGGCCUACUGUGACAUGGAUACUGCAGGAGGCGGAUGGACCGUGGUCCAGCGGCGGCAGGAUGGGUCGGUUCCCUUCAACCGGACCUGGGAGGAGUACAAACUGGGCUUUGGAGACCCGGGCGGGGAGUACUGGCUGGGGAACGAGAACAUCCACCUCCUGACCAAUCAGAAAGAGUACUUGCUGCGAGUUGAACUGCAGGACUGGGAAGGGAAUCAGACAUUCGCAGAAUACAGCACAUUUAGGGUGUCCGGAGAGUCGGACGGGUACCGGCUGCACAUUUCCGGGUAUUCAGGCACCGCGGGAGACUCCAUGACUGGCCGGCCCUCAAACAACGGGCAGAGGUUCUCCACUGUGGACAGGGACAAUGAUGCCAGCAGCGGCAGUUGUUCCCAGCGGUACGGACAGGGCGGCUGGUGGUUUAACAAAUGCGGCUACUCCUACCUCAACGGCCGUUACUUGGGCAACUGUGAGAACUCCUGUCCAGCAGUGCAAGGUGUGCUGUGGCACCACUGGAGAGGCGGGAGCUACUCUCUGAAGUCUGUGUCUAUGAAAAUCAGGGCAUCAUAAUUCCAUCUUGUGAUCUAAAUCUGAUCACAUCCAGUUGUGCACAAAAUACUCAAUCUUUUUACGUUGUCUCCAUAGUCGUUUUAGUUCCUUUGCGUAGUGUCAUCGUCUGCAUAGUAGUAAUAUUGACAGGUAACCCUCUUUAUUGUACGUGGACUUUGUAACAAACUUAUACCAGGAUCAGAGCACGUGACCGUAUCGGUGAGGUUGAUAUUCAUAAUUACGAUCAGGUCAUCAUAAUUAACUCCAUGAGUUACUGUUUUUGGUCUGAAUGAUGUUUCAGACAUAUAGUAAGGUUCAACCAGGGAGUACUUACUUCCAACGUUUCGGUGUCUGUCAGACACCAUCAUCAGGGUGGAAUGACGGGAACUACUUCUUGCUGCUACUUAUAGCCGAUGUAGGUGGCGCUGCAGCAGCAAGAAUGCCGUCCCAAACUUGUAUCCCGCCUCUGACUGGCGCUGAUUUUCUGAUCCAGACUGACUCCUUAAUCCACCGUGUCCUUCUGUUUUCCUUACUAUAUGAAUAAUUGCCAACCUGAUGAAGUUAUUUACGGAUUAGUAUAUCUCGAGUUCCGCUGGAUGAAGUCUUUUGUAGAAUGGAUUAGUCCCCUGAAAUCAUUAAGCAAUAAAAUUAUUACAUAUUCAAUAUACAAUAUUGUUAAUUACACUAACAAAACGCCAUUCUUGUUUGUACUGCCGAAACGAAAAUUAAGAGGUUAUGACGAAAUUUGAAUUCAGUGGUAGUUAUGAUAAGGUUCUAUCUGGUCAACAAAUAGCAUCGAAACUUCUUGAAAAAAACUUCUUGGUGUGAUUUAAGGUAAGAAUAAAAACAAAAUAAAACAAGAGUUCGGAGAGCAAACAUGUCCAUAAAAGAUUAUGCAAAUGCCUUUACAUCUGCAUAAUCUGCUUACUUAUGAAUAUGCUUGGUUAUGUAGACCUUUAACUAACUUACAUAGGUCACAAUGUUGACAAUCCAAUCAUUUGCCACUUGGAGGAAUUGUGGUAGUUUUGCAUUAAUUAUGCAAAUUAUGGACUUAUAUUUGCAUAAUAGGUAUCUGCUAAUCUUUCACCUGCCGAAAACUGUACAGGUCAUAUGUAUUUGUGUCCUACAAUUUGAAACACUGUUAAUAUAGCUUUUCCUCAUUAGAUAUGCAAAUAAAGUUUUAAUUUACAUACGUUUCACUUCAUUACGUACAUCUUCUGCCAAAGAUACCUGGUUACUAAAUAUCAUGGAAAUCUGUCGUUCCUAUGUUCCGUUAUUCUCUGAAAGAUUUAAAAAACGCACCUGCAGUUCCAGAGCAAGCUGAUAGGUGGGCCAAACACAACCACGUCUUCCUUACAUCAAAAUCUAUCUGCCACCUAAAAAUCAAGGUCUAGGUGAAAGGUACCCCAAAAUGGAAUUUCUGCUGCAGUACCAAGGUUACAUAAUAGGAGGGCCAAAACCGACCUUGACCUUAAUGUUCCAAACACCUUCCCACAUACCAAAUAUUGCAAUCCAUCAGGAGAUUAUUGAGUUGAGCUUACCUCAGAAACACAGACACACACACAGACGCUCACAGAGAUACCUGGAUAGAUGACACAGAGUUACCAAACUGUGCAUCAUGCUCUGGAACUCAUUGCCAUCUAACAUUAAGUCACUGUGUACACUGUCCAGUUUUAAAGAAGCCAUCUCAAACAUUGUCAACUAGAACUCUGACCUCUAGACACUGUGCUCUA